GGGUGGACUCCGCUCAUGCUGGCGGCUUGGCACGGCCACGUCAAGGUUGUGGAGCUGUUGCUGAGCUAUGGAGCUCAAGUGGACGCGAAGGACAAGUGCGAGUCGACGGCGCUGAGGUUCGCAGCAGGUGAGGGGUAUCUGGAGGUCGUCCAACUGCUGCUGGAG